UCGAGUUCCGGAUGCAAUUAGUAAAUGUCUAAAAUCAGUUGUGGAACAUUCAGUUUGUUAAGAGUGUCCAACAUUAAUUAACAACCGUGGUAGUUGAGAUUGUCUUGGAGUAAGAAAAAGUUGAAUAAAAAUUUUUUUCUUUUCUCUUCAAUUAGCAAUGAUUCACGGAUUGCAAUUUUGCAGUGAAAAACACACGGAUCAUUAUUAUUUCACUUGGGUUUUACACACUCUCCGCGCUUGAAAGGUUUCCUAUAUAUAUAUAUAUAUAGGUAACGCAGUGGAGUUACAAUAGUGAGUCAAAGCGAUUUAUCAAAACACGUUCCUGUUGUGAAUUAGAUUCAUCAUGACUGUCACACAAGAAGUUGAGGUGAACAUCAAUCAGCCAAAAAAAUGGGGUUUGGAUAGAAUUGUUGAAAUUCAGAGAGGAUGUAACAUAAACCUAGGCUUCAGUAUAAUUGGUGGGAAGAUUGAUGCACCAACUGACGAGAUAAAUACGGGUGAACAGAAAAGUUCAGGAGUAUUCAUCAAAUCCAUUGAUCCUGAUGCAUCUGUCUCCAAUAAUUGCAAUUUGAAGAUUGGAGAUCGCAUAGUCGAGGUCAAUGGCGUUAAUGUACUUAACUGUAAUUGUGACAAGGUAGCUGAAAUAAUAAAAAAAAAUGAAGAUAUCGUUCGACUUCGCGUUCAAUCACUUACGCUUAUGGAGCAAUCCGAUUGCGGUCAACUUAUUGAAGCAAAAAUUAAUAAUCAACAGAGUUUGAUGAAGAAAAGAUCACCGUCCAGCAAUUCGGAAGUUGAUAUAACUUUGACACCAUCAACAAAUGUCACCGAACAUGUCGCUGCUAUCGAUGCAGCUGUUGAUCAAGAAAAGCAUACUGAUGAGCAUCCUGAUACUGAUGAGAGUUCUGAAAGUGAAGAUGAACGUUAUAUGGAGGGCAACAUUCAUACUAAGGCUGGUAUGGAGAUAUCUCGUAAAAGUGCCGGUAACGUGAAACGAACAGCUGGGGAAAUAACAGCAGAUCCCGAAGAUGAGGAUGAAUACGGUUAUACUGCUCUGAAAAUUUUGAAGAAAUAUCGUGCAUUGAGCGGUCAAGUACUUUUGGAGAAAAUCGACAGAACGACUGGCGAUUUAGGUAUUGCUUUGUCUGGACAUAAAGAUAGGUCAAAGAUGGCUGUAUUUAUAUGUGGCUUAAAUCCAAAGGGAAAUGCCUAUAAAGCGGGCAAUUUAAAAGUUGGAGAUGAAAUAUUGGAGGUCAAUGGGCAUGUACUUCAAGGCCGGUGCCACCUUAAUGCUUCAGUGGUGAUAAAAGGAAUGUGUGGACCAACCCUAAAAUUAAUUAUCCAUCGGAAUAGCCCUGAAAUCAAUGAACUAGCAGUGAAGAUUCCCAUUCAUUUCCCCGCCGCCUUCGACGAGAGUGACCGUUAUAGCGGAUUCGAAGGAGUGCGGACAGUGUCUUUAAAAAAGGGAUUAUACGGCUUAGGCAUAAUGAUUGUUGAAGGCAAGCAUGCACAAGUUGGUCAAGGGAUUUUCAUUUCCGACAUUCAAGAAGGAAGCGUGGCAGAAAGAGGUGGUCUUCUACUGGGGGAUAUGAUUCUGGGCGUCAAUUCAGAUAGUUUGCUGGGUUCUACAUAUGAUCAGGCUACUGCUGUGUUGAAACGUGUGGAAGGAAUGGUCACUGUCACUGUAUGUAAUCCAAAUCAAAACAAGCAGAAAGACCAAUCUGACCGUAAUGAGCCCUCGAAAGCAUCAACGGGUGCAGCAACAACUGAAACCUCUGUUGGUCAAACGCAGCAAUCGGCUGAAGUGAAAACAUCUGAGGGGACAACCGACCCUAAAAAUGUCAAGACAAUUAAAGGCAAACCCAUAACAGUAGAAAUAACCAAGACUAAAGAAAGUCCACUUGGCCUUAUCAUUACAGGAGGAAGUGACACAUCAUGCGGUGGUGUUUUCAUUUUGGAUAUAUAUCCAGAUGGCCUAGCAGAGAAGACAGGUCAACUGAAACGAGGGGAUCAAAUACUAGAAUUUUGUCAAGAAAAUUUCAAAGCAAUUGAACAUGAGAAAGCAGCAACUACAAUUCUCACUGCUUCGGGACCAAUUAAAAUGAGCAUUUUACAAGAUGAUCAUUCCACGGAAGAAGUGGAAGUGGAACUUCACCGAAAACCUAUGAAAGGCAUUGGUCUUGGUUUAACAGCUUUCAAAUGUGGAAAAGGAGCUUAUAUAUCAGAAUUGUUGACAGGAUGCAGUGCAGCGGAAUCAGGGAAAUUGGAAAUAGGUGAUAUAGUUAUCUCAUUGAGUGGCCAAAAUGUCGAAGAAACUGAAACUGAUGAAAUUGCUAAUCUAAUAAAAGCUAUAAAUCCUGUAUUGUUGAAAGUGAAGCGAUUCAAAGCCAAGUCAUAAAUGUGUUACUUAUGCAGGAUCGAUGAGGCGACAUACGGAAAAAUUUGAAUUAAAUUGCAACCUUUGUAGAAAACAUCAAGUUUGAGGAGUUUUCUGUAUCUUCUCAGGGCAGGCGAAAUGCAAAACCUAUUUCUGUGGGGAAAUGGCAUAAUUGACGUGUUCUUUCUUUGCAUGCAUAAUUUUGAAUUCUCCGAAACGAGUCGUUUCAGAUAUUACUGUACACUAUAUACUGUAUUGGAAAAUAUCUGUCAUAUGAAAUAUAUAUUUAUGAUAAUCGA